CAUUAACUUUACGUUAGGAUUGUUUUAGUGAAAAAGAACGACUCAGCAACCAUGCCGUAUGUAAUGGGAAUUGACCACAAAUACAUCGUGAUGGGCUCGCUUGUCUGCACGACAGGAGUUGCCAUUUUUUCAACGUAUAAAUGGUUGCGCGAGAGAAGGAGGCGCAACAUAAGUUCUGUGUACGAGUCGCAAAAACUUCUGAACGAGUACCUGGUUUUCCACUAUGGGGCCAAAGAAGAAGUUCUGAAAUAUGACUUUGGGCCCAAGGACUCCCUUGAUUUUCCUAAACGAUGUGCAGAUAUGUGUUUGAAACAUACUAAAGGAUUCGGAAAGACGAAAACUUUGAAUAGAGCACUGGACAUAGGGUGUGCAGUUGGAAGGUCUUCGUUUGAGCUGGCUUGUGAAUUCCAGGAAGUAAUCGGCAUUGAUUACAGCCAGUCAUUUGUGGAUGCAUGCGAACACAUGAGGGACCUUGGAGAGAAAGUCUACUUUAUACAAGAGGAAGGGGACCUUGUCACUCCUCUUAUUGCCAAAGUGUCAGACGGAAUUGAGAGAGGUAGAUGUACUUUUGAGCAAGGAGAUGCCUGCGACCUUCGUCAUGACCUUGGGUCAUUUGGAUGUGUUCUGGCUGCCAAUUUGAUCUGUCGUCUACAUGCGCCAUACAACUUCCUGCGGCGUUUGUCUGAUUUAGUGGCACCAGGAGGAAUCCUGAUUAUUACGUCGCCAUAUACAUGGCUAGAGGAGUUCACAGAUAAAGAAACUUGGCUCGGAGGAUAUAAAAAAGAUGGCCAGGCGGUGACUGGAUUCGCCACUCUGAAGAAAGAGCUGGGGCCGAGCUUUUCAUUACUGGAGUCCUGCGACAUGCCCUUCUUCAUCCGGGAAACUGCUCGAAAAAAUCAGUGGACCGUGGCUCACUGCACUGUGUGGUCAAGGAAAAUGAACUGAGCAGACAUGUGGGAUUGAUUUUUUUCUAGAGUGCUUGUAUGUAUGUGAUAACAUGGGAAAGGGUGGGAAGAAAUUUGCUCCAGAAUUUACAUGUACAUGUUAUUUGGUGUGUUACCGGUAGUAUGUUUAAGAAAAUCAUUAGUUUUGGAAAACGUUAGCAUAUUGCAUGAAGUCUUACAUUCCAUGUUACACUGAAAUUCUUUGUGAUGAUGUAAGGGAAUAAACUAUCUAAAUACGAAUUAUCUAAAUGCAAUACACAUUUGAUAUAGAUUUACUAAAAGCAUGUGUAAAAUAUGUGACUGGUGGAGCGCAUGUAUCUCAUUCAUUAUAGACUGCAAGAUUGAUAAUUCAUGUACACAGUAUACAAGGCAGAUCAUUACAAACAUAAACUUGCACAGUACAAUAUCAGAAUACAUCAUUAAAUCCAAUAACAGAAAUAUUUAUAUGAUAAUGAUAAAAAAACGUUGGCAGAUGACAUACAUACAUCAUAACACACAUGAUAGUUAAUCUAAGCAUAAGUUGAUAAGCAUAGUAGAGCUAAAGUCUUUAUGAGACACAUGAUAACAUCAGGAUUUAUUUACCCCCACCCCAUCCCCAAAGAAAAUCAUCGUAGUGUUGUUAAAGUUGAUGUAGAGUAACAGUUAACAGAGAUCAUGUUUUAGACAUGAAGAGUAUGAUGAAUAAUGGGUCAAUAUAGUAAGAGUACAUGUAUUUAUUUACCUAUUCAGCUUCUUUAAGCAACAAUUUUAUUCUUUCAUUUUUUGUAUUACAUUUAAGACCAUAUAUAAUAAUUUUUUUAGUGUGGUAUUCCUUUUACACCAUUCUUCAUGUUUUGUGCAAUUUCUGUCUCAUUAAUUUUUUGUUGGUUUUUUUUUCAAGCUCCUUGAAUUAGUGUCUUCUUUUUUUAUUACUGGAGAGCAAAGUUUAAGGCUUAAAAAAUCCAUUUACUUCUAUUAUAUAGCCUUGUAUUCAUAAGUGAUUAUAUCACAAUGUAUGAUGGUAUUGCUUAUAUGUUUGCAUGUGUAUAUACUCAAGUUAUUCUUUACAUUUCUUAUUGACAUGUAGCAGUGUAAACAAUCAAAAAUUUGAAGCAUUGUUAGUAUCCUUUUACCCAGUUUAUUUUAUAAAUCGGUUUAUUAUGUCUUGUUAGAAAGACAAAAAAAUUAAAGUAUGUGUUAUUAAAAAAAAAA